AUGACUGACGAUAUGUUCCCGCAGAUGCAAUCCGAUGUUGCCAAUACGCGACCAACGACCAAACGUCGCAAGAUAGCGCUUGCAUGCAACUACUGCCGAGCUCGCAAGACCCGAUGCGAUGGUCGACAGCCCGCUUGCUCGACGUGUGAAAACAAAGGUGCCGGUUCGACCUGUGUGUAUGAGCAGGGGACUCUUAAAACCAGGAGAUAUGUCUCAACCUUGGAAGCAAGGGUUCAGGAGUACGAAAGGAGAAGAGUGAUGGAACUAAUGGAUGACGGGCCAGGAGAAGACACGCGGCAAGCGGCCGUAGUCGCUGUUUCAAGAAGCGACAACUCGCCGAUUUCCACUGUCCAGGGCGACUUUUCAACAGGCGAAGGACCGACAGCCAAGUCGCCAUGCCACGAGGCCAUAGAGACUGACGCCAUGGUCAUUGUACCUUCUUCCGAAGGAGACGUUACCAACCAUCUUGGUGAGUCAUCUCCUAUGGCGUUCGUUCGAUCCAUGUUGCGAACAAUCGGCAAGAAUGACUCGCCCUUGCAUGCGACGAACACGAAACCCACCAACGGCUCUCGCCCGGAGAGAUCCUAUCUCAGUCCGCAAUCACAGGAUGGCGAUCUGGAUCUGGACCCCGUCUCACUGCCGACGCGAAGAGUAGCCGACGGCUUGGUCAAGGCCUUCUGGGAGUAUUUGCAUCCUCUCCUACCUAUUCUCCACAAACCUACAUUUAUGAAGUCCUACCGCUUGCAAUGGGUGGGCGAGGACGAAGCAUGCCCAAGCCACUCAUCGGGAGGUCAAGAUGAUCCGCCGUUCCUCUCGACCUUGAAUAUCGUUUUCGCCAUCAGUUGCCAGUUCAGUGACCAGAUCACAACCACGCGGAAGCGAGUCUUUGCGGAUACAUUCUACCGGCGAUCACGCAGGAUAUUUGCCGACGAGCUUCUAGAUUAUCCGACGCUUGCCACCGUGCAGCUUCUCUUGCUCACAGGCGUAUAUCUCCAAUCAACCGCACACGCAAACCGAUGCUGGAACAUCGUAGGUUCGGCCAUCAGAACUGCACAGAGCUUGGGUCUUCACCUUGACCGUACGGCUGGAGCCGAGAAUCAGCUGCAGAGGGAAAUGGAGCGCAGAGUCUGGCACACAUGUAUUUUCCUAGACCGUCAACUCGCCGUAACGUUUGGCCGGCCCGCAAUGAUCUACGGGCGUUCAAAGAUUCCUCUGCCCUUGCUGAUUGACGAUGAAUACUUGCUGGAGAACGGUGAGGGCUCCCAGCCGCAUAAACCUGCAGAAAUAUCCAGCUUCGUCUACUCGUGCCAGCUCUUCGACAUUCUAAACGAAAUUCUCUCCUCUUUUUACUCUGACAAAAGCAACGAGCCUCAACCAUCCAACCCUCCCUCUACAACCUACCAAGAGCUGAGCACCGUCAUGAGGCUGAACAGUGCCUUGGAUGAUUUUCAGGACACCCUUCCCAGCUACCUUGUCAUCAGUCCCGAUUCAGCGAAUCCCAUCACCCCUGUACACGACAAGGUUGCUCUUGGGGCAAAAAUUCUAUAUUCUAGGUUCCUGUAUAUCCGUAUCUUCCUGUUGCGGCCGAUCCUAUUGUUAGUGGCGGAAGUCUCGACAAACCCUCCCGGUGAAAAGAAUCCGUACAAGAGUGACAGCCUUGAACAGCAGCUAGCCUUUAAAGCUUGCUCAUUAUGCGUCUCCACAGUCCAAACCUUAAUCGCCCACAUUUACAAGAACAUGGACAGUUCCUACUGGACCUCCAUUUCGCACAAGAUUCACUGCAAGACAAGCCUCCCUUACUCCUACUUUCAAGACUGUCUCCUUAACACUUCAGAUGCAUUUUCCUGUGCCAUAGUGCUCGUAGCAGCACGUCUUUGCCCAGCCCCCGAGCUGAAUUUCGAGACGGGUUCACUCCAGACUUCUUGGUCCCAGUGCAUCAAGAUAUUCGAGCAAUAUAUGCCACACUUCCCCUGCGCAUCCCACGUAAUACAAAUCCUUGAGAUGCUGGAACAAAGGAUGCCCCAUCUCACAGCAGAAGGAGAAACAAAUAUGCAAGGGCCACGAAAUUCCAUGGCAUCAGUAGACGAGCCCAUCUGGCCAAGUUGGGCCAUGCUAGACGAUCUUCUCCAGUGUGAGCCUAUGGGCCAAACUUUUGUCGGCGAUAAGUGGCCAGAGGAGAUGCUCUCAACUUUUGGUUGGACAGAAUCACUUUGA